AUGGUUUUUUUAGUGGGUCUGAUGGUUCAGUCGACUAGUCCCGUUGCGAGUUUAUUUAUCAGCCUACAUCAUAAUGUCAGUGGAGUUGAACCGACUAGGGAUGUGCCGAAGGGUGAACCAUUCUUAUAUGAAGCUGGGUGGAAAGAUGCAUGUGCUGUUUUCUUCUACUCACUUGUAUGCAUUGUUAUGCAUGCUAUCUUACAAGAGUACUUUUUAGAUAAAAUAUCAAAGAAGUUCCAUCUGUCUAAAUCAAGAUUGAGUGCACUCAAUGAGUCUGGCCAAUUAGUUGUUUUUCACCUUGUGACGCUUCUGUGGGGAGGAGAUGCUAUUCUACGUGAAGGAUUCAUAUUCAAUAUUUCACGUCUCUGGGAUGGUUACCCCAUUCAUCCGAUGAGCUUCUUGUUGAAGUUAUGGUGGAUAGUACAAGCUGCCUACUGGUUACAUACCAUUCCCGAACUGUAUUUCCAAAGAAUUAAGAAAGAUGAAUGGGCCGCCCGUAUCCGACAUGCUGCUGCUGCUUUUGCAUUUGUUGCAAUCGCAUAUGGAUUCAAGUUCCAACGUGUAGGUGUUUGCCUUAUGGUCCUGCAUUCUUUGGCUGAAUUCAUAGCUCAUUGUUACCGCCUAAACACCAUCUUAAGAGGCGAACGUGAGGAUUACCUAGAUAAAUUUUUGAGCCUUGUCAAUGGAGCUGUGUUUGUGACUGUCCGGUUAUGCUCAUUAGUGCUUGGUGUACUCACUUUCUACUAUGGAAUGGCUGGAGCUGCCUUAGUGAUACUUCGUGUUGCCGCACUCUCUGUAUUGGUCUCUUUUCAGGUCUUUUUAAUGUUUAACUUCAUCACGGAAGCCAUUAAGCAAAGACAAGAAGCUCGUCAGCUAGCUUUAAACAAGCCCAAAAAAGAAAAGAAGGAGAAACCUAAAAAGGAAAAAGUUAAAAAAAUCCCCGUUGAUGAUUCCGACUUGCCAGAAGUUGAUCAAAAUACAAACAAGGCCCUGCGACAGCGACAAGCAGCAGUUAAGGCAAAG